AUGCCAUUAAUAAAUUUAAUUAAAUUGCCAAUGCAGCCCAAAGAAAACACAGAAACAAUCUGCUCUCUACCAAGUAUAAUCAGCUAUUCACAAACAAUGCUCUCUUGUGCUCAAGGGCUGGAAGAUGAUUAUAUAGACACACAAUCUGAUAAAUCAGACGAAACAACUGUAGAUAUUUCUCUGUAUUCUACAAGAAACACCACAGCUCACUUUAUCGAAAAUACUCAGCAACCGUCUUGUCAUUGCGAGUUAUUUUAA